CUGAUAUAUCAGAGCCGACUCCUGAGAGCAGACGUAUCUGAAGCUGUCAGGGAGGAACCAUGGCUACCAUCUCUGAACCGGACCCUGGACUCUCUGAGGAACCUGGGGACGCGUCUUUGGACCGGAGGGAGCGCAGGAAGAGAGGAUCUGCUGGUAGAGCAAAGAAGAAGGCUAACUUCAGACGCCGUGGAAGCCGUCAGAGAGUAACAAUGGUCACUGAGGACACGUCUUUGGACCGGGAGGAGACCAGGAAGAGAAGAUUUGCUCUAUGGUUUCACAUCACUGUCAUUGUGAGCAUCGGACUGCUGAGUAUUCUCCUCAUCUCCCUGCGCUUCAACUCACCGUCACCCUGGAUAGAGGGGAGAGAGAACUUACUGGAUGAACUCGAUGAAUUGACACUUCAGGGCUGGAUGCUUCACGACAAGAGUCUCUACCGUGUUUCUACUACUAAGAAGGGCUGGAGGGCCAGUAGAGAAGACUGUCAGAAGAGAAAGGCAGACCUGGUGGUCAUCAACAGCAGAGAAGAACUGGCGUUUGUCAGCAGAUUGAUGGAUACUUCCUGGAUUGGACUGAGUGAUCGAGAGAAGGAGGGGACCCACAAGUGGGUGGAUGGUACCCCCAUGACCUCAAGUUGGAGACACGUUAAACCACGCGAUGACGGCGGAGCAAGAGACUGCGUCGUAGCAGGGGAGGACGGCUGGUCUGAAGAACCGUGUAACAGACUGCACCACUGGAUCUGUGAGAAGGUCCUAGACCUGGAUCAUCUGGAGGCUGAGCGGAACAAAGAGGGUUCAGUGAUGCCCACGGAGGAGGAGGAGGCCCCCAGCAUCACAGAGUUCCACUCCUCUACCCACGUGUUGCCCGUGGGCCAAACGGCCCGCUACACCUGCCACGCCGGCGGCACGCCGGAGCCCACAGUAGAGUGGCUCCACAACGGCAGGCCCCUGGAGAGGGACGGCACAGACGACCAAUCAGAGGCCUGGGUGGAGAGGGGCUUCCUCUUCGUCAGAGGUGGGAGAUGCCUGUGACCUCACACUGGACCCCAACACGGCCCACAGAGACCUCUCUCUGUCUGAGGACAACAGGAAGGUGACGCUGGUUAGAGAGGACCAGUCGUAUCCGGAUCACCCAGACAGAUUUAACAUCCGGCCCC